AUGCAGGAGAGCUAUGAAACAGUGAUCUCAAUGGCAGAAGAACUUGCCAUAAGCUGGCCCCGAAUAGCUGCCUUUACAGAGAUUCGAGGACGUCAAGGUUUGGCUCAUGGCUUAGAAAUGGAACCUGAGCAAGGGCAGCUGGCUCCCUUACAGGGCGAAGCAGCAGCAGCUACAGCUGGGUCAAGCGGGGAAGGGAUUUUUCCAGACAUCCGGAGGCAACUUGGGGUAAUUCUGCAAACUAUAGGGAAGGCUCAAGUGGAGAAGAUGCUCAGGGAGCUGGUGAAGGAGCAGGAGCAGCAGGGAAGAGUCAGGCGGCGGAAAAGAGUGAGCAGGAGCCCUCGACAUGGAGGUGAUGAAACAGUGGGACAAAAUAACUUGGAGAUUUCAAGGGAACUCCAUACUGGAAUAGCGGAAGGACCAGCUGUGCUAUCCAGAAAACCCUUUGGGAAUGAAGCUCAAGUGUCCUUCAAGCAUCCAGGACUGGCAGGACCAAAACAACCCAAGAUGAUUCAUGGAGAUAUGAGAGGGUGGCCACUGAAUACCCAGGCUCUGCCAGGUAACCCAGCUUCUACCCAGUCUCGAAAACCCCAUGCCUGUGAUGAAUGUGGCAAACGAUUCCGAAUCCUAGCAAAUUUGGAACGGCAUCAGCAACGUCACACAGCAGAAAAACCACAUCAGUGCAGAGACUGUGGGCGCCGUUUCCGCUGGGGUUGCCAUUUAGAGCGCCAUAGGCGAUCACGCCAACCUGACCGACCCUAUUCCUGUGGAGAGUGUGGGAGGCGAUUUACACAGCGGUCAGCGCUCAGCAAACAUAGGCGUCUGCACUCAGGGGAGCGUCCCUAUGGGUGUGGAGAGUGUGGGAAACGCUUCCUGCAACGCUCUGACCUCACUAUUCACAUCCGCUCACAUUCUGGUGAGCAACCCUAUGCCUGCACAGAGUGUGGACGCCGUUUCAGUGUCAGUUCAAACCUCAGUAAGCACAGACGUAUGCAUCGGGGGGAGCGCCCUCAUGCAUGUCCUGUCUGCUCUAAACGCUUUCUGCAGCGCUCAGAGCUUCUCAUCCACCAACGUGCUCACACUGGGGAGCGUCCCUAUCCAUGCACAGCUUGUGGAAAGCGCUUUGCUCGCCGGGCUCAUCUCAAACGCCAUCAGCGAACUCAUGGGGGACUCCCUGACACAACUACUGCAUCUCGGCACCAAAAUGCUCAUCUUUUAACUACUCCCUCACCAGAUGCUAUGUCUUUCGUGAACAUCAACAACAUGAACUUGGGGUGA